AUGAAUGCUAUAUUCUGGAAUGUCCAAGGACUGGGAAACUCUUGGACAACCAAAGCGUUAGUUUCCCAUGAUCAUGAACACAAACCACUGGUUUGGUUUAUGUCAGAAACUAGGUUGAAAAAGAAUCGAAUGGAGAACGACCAGUAUAACAAUAUUGUCCAAGAAGCUUGGGGAAGCAAUAGCAAUGACACUAAUGGGCUUCCCUUGAGAAGGAAAAUCAAUCGGCGUGGGAAAAAACUUGAGGGGUGGAAUAAAAAGAAUAGCAGUGAGUUAAAAAAGAAAAUACAAAGGAUGAAAUUGGAGGUGGAAACGUUACCAUCCUUAUCGAAUAGAGAAGCUUGGAUGGAGCUACAAAAAGCGGAGAAAAAUCUAAGAGUGUUGCUUGUCAAAGAGGAGCUUUGGUGGAGACAGAGAAGCAGGGCCCUUUGGCUCCAAUGUGGGGACAAGAACACACACUACUUCCAUCAAAAGACCAAUAAAAGAAGAGACAUAAAUGAGAUUGAAGGUAUGUUCGACACCACUCUUCAUUGGAAGACCAAUUUUGAGGAUAUGGAGAACAUUACCUGUGAUUACUUUGAGAAUAUCUUUACGUCUGAGGUGGCAGAUGAAGAGCAAUUGAAGUGCCUAGACAAGUGUGUCCCUUACAAAAUGAAUAAUGAAGCUAGCAAUCAGUUGCUGGCCCCUUUCUCAAAAGAGGAAGUAAAGAUUGCUAUGUUUCAGGUGAACUUACUUAAAGCUCCAGGGCCGGAUGGAUUACCAGCUAUUGUUUAUCAUCUUCACUGGGAUAUGGUUGGCCCUGAUGUUGUUAGAUAA